AGCUGGUAGAUGUUUAUCUGGUGCUUUGAGUUGUAAAACAGGGAAUUUGUCUUCUUGGUUUGCAAAUUGAACAGUGAAAGCAUUGCCUGUGGCUGUGUUUCCUGAACACUACUACUGCCAGCAGUCCCUGCAGGUAAAAAUCAGAAUCUGAGCACUCCCUAGGAGACUGCAGUGAAGCAGCUGUGGAGUCUGAGCAAUAGGACAGUAGUUUCUUAGCUGCAGGAUGAGUGUUGGCAAGACAGUAAUAAUAUGGCAAACAAAAAGGCAAAGCCUGUGUAAAUGGUUCUAAUACAGUUCCUGUCAGGACAUUAAAAAUGUAAGUGGAUCCAGACCAAAACAAUUAUGGAAAUCUCUACUAUUUCCAUAGGGAUUAGGUCAGUGCCUUUUCUCCCAACAGGAGCUGCAGGUAACUUCUGAUGUGACACUCCCUCAAUAGCUUUAUCUUCACAAUCAAGCAGUCUUUAUUUUCUCCAGCAUCUUCAGAGUGUGCUUUUUUUCCCCUGCAGCCAAAAAUAUACCCCUCCCUUGCCACAUGGACAAGAGUAUGUCUUUUUGUCAGUACUCCAAUUAUUUUGAGCUCUAUGAUACAAGAGCAUUACCACUUUCUUUGCUUUUGUGGAAAAUCUCUUUUUUUUCCAAAAAACCCGGAAGAAUGCUAUAGUUCCAGUCCACCCACCACCUGUUUGGAUGGGAUUACAUUACAGCAGUCAUCAAUUAAUAAUGUCCCUUGUCCUUGGUCCAGAAAAUGCAUAAUGCUGUUCUGCAUCAGAAAGCUGACAGACUUCAUUAAGAUCUGAAAACUGUUGCAUAAGAGAUUUCAUAAAAUAAUUCACAAGCAGUUUGUCGAGAUUCCCUCAAUCAAUACUUAAGUUUUUAAAUUGUAAAAGAACUAAUUAAAAUAGGGGUUAGGGGGAGGUUGGAGUAUGGGAUGGAGGAAGGGAUACAACACCAGUAAAUUCAAUUUAGGAAAAAACCCUACGUGCUGUGACUAGAAUGUGAUCUCUUUUCAAGAAUAAAGGCUGAACUGUAUUUUAAGAAUUUGGUUUCAUAUUUGUUUCUGCCUCAGCCUUGUAAGCAUAGUUAUAAUGUAAGCUGUUUAAUUUUUUUUAAAAAAUUAAUUUUUAAAUUUUGUUUCAGCUGCUAUGGCCAGCAGUGUUUGGGAUGUGACCCAGCAGUGUUCUCUGGUUAAAAUAAAUUUGUCAUUCACCUUAAAAGUCACAGCUCUACAUGGGAAGGAGAAGUGAACACAGAUUAACAGAAAUUCGGGGUUUUAUACAAUUCUUAGCUCUGUUUUGGAUCUGUCUUCAAUUAAGCAGAUUAAAUAGGAAAUGAACUUUUAGUUUUUCCUACAAGAUGUUCCACAGCUGGUUGUUUUCUUUGCAGUGGCUCUCAUAGCAUGCCGAUGCCUAUUGUGCAAGACAGAAAAGUUCCUGGUGCCACUUCUAGCACCAUGAAAAUUCUUUAUAAAUCACAUUUCCUCUCCAGUUCUCCUUCAUCCCAGGUUGCUUGAGACACCACACCAAGACUUACGGUCUAUGUAUUAUAAAAAAUACCUAUUUCCCAGUAUGAUAUGUCAGACCGAUGGUAGCAGGAACACUAGGAAAUUUGCCUUUUAAAAUUAAUGUUUGUGCAGAGGGAGAAUUUGAUCGACAUCAAGAAAUGUCAGACAUGAUACCUGUCAAGUUAGACAAUAUGCAAGGUUUGCUCAAGAAUGUGUGUACUGGAAAAGAAGCCAGCCCUAUGGGAACAGGCAUUGGCUCCAGCAAGUUUUCAUUUGUGGAAUAGUUGCAAAUGGACCUGAGUCUCUUCUCAUUAGUGAAGGCUGGGAGAUCAGGAAGGCUGCAAUUUACUCAUCUAGCCCAGGGCACAAGAGGUUGCACAGCUUCACAGAAUACUUGUGCACUCUGCUUCCCCCACUGCUCCUGAGCUCCUGAGGCCAUUUUGCUCAUCAAGCCUGCUCACUCUGACCUCCUUGUGGCUGGUGAACACUUUGUGCUGGACAAGGCUGUGGUCAACAUGGCCAAGCACAAAGCUGUCUUCAAAUCCUCUGUCCUUGCCUGUUGCAUACCACCAGCUUCUGCAGGGUUUGUUUGCCUGGUUUGGAUUCCCCAGCUGUAGGAGCAUGUGGGAUGCUACGACUGCACGUAACAGAUGUAGCUGACUUAUAGACACACUAUACAGAAGAGAGAUUUUCUGGUACUGAAGGGACAGAUAGACUUUAGUUGAUAACUCAUGGUCACCAUGUUGAGCUUUUCCAGCUGAGUAAGUUUUGCUGGUGUUUUCCAGAAAUCUGGCAUUUCUCCCUACAGGCAGGCAAGCAGACUGUCCUCCCUGAGAAUGUGGCUAUUGACAAUGUCAGGGUACAUUACACAUGUACAGUAGAUACAGUGGGAUGGGACCCUCCCUGUCACUUUUACACAGCUCAUUACUCCUUCAAGCAGUAGAUGCUGCUCACAAAGUGAAACAAGAAGAUAAGGAAAGCAUCCUUGUAAGGACUGACAGCACCAUACCUGGAAAAUACCAGUAUAAUAGAGUUCCUGUCUGGUCACAGUCAGUGCUUCACUCCUGCUUCCCUCCUGCUUCCCUCAAAGUUACCUUACUUCCACUCCAGUAACUCAAACAUCACCUUUUCUGGGAGCCAUGUAUGUGCUUCUUCCUUCCCCUCUUUCUUCAAUCUUCUUUCUUCCCUGAACAUCUGCCAGACAGCCCCAGGCUGGGGAGUAAUCUCCUCAAGUUCUGGGCAAGAUGAUCGAAGCAAGUGAUUUCUUCAAUUUUAUAAGCAGAAUUUCCCUUUUGUGAAUAUGCUAUCUCCCUCAAGUUCUACUUCAAAGAAACUUCCUUCCUAAAGAGAUUCUUCUGGUGCCACAUCUUCUGCCUCAAUCAGCAUCCAAACAGCUCCUGCAGUUUUUGACCCCUCUUCUCUUGUUCUCAUUUCCCAUGUUCCUGCUUCAGGAGGUCAUGGUGAAAAUGAAGAUACCAGCCAAGGUGUCCCUGCAUAAACCUGGCUUGUGACAUUUUGAAACUGCUCCAACAACAGACGGUAUGGCCAGGGGAGUGCAGAGUGGUAGGGCUGUGCUCAGCUGUGAGUACCUGGCAAGGACAAAAUCCUUCAGGAGAAGCAGGUGACUGUCUAACAUUGCAGUCGUACAUGCAGGGACUUUGUGCAGCUGUCAGAAACUCAGCCUUGUUUCUGUGCAAGUAUUGCUGCUGUACAGACAGCUAAGAAAUAUGCUUAUCACUCUGAAAAUGUCUUUCUUUGUGGGAUAGGGAGGUAAUUCUACAAAAUUCCCCUAGCUCAAAAUAGCAUUCACACUGAUGCUUGUCCCUCAUCUGCCACUACGUCAGUCAUCUGAGCAAACCCCCACGCCUCCUCUCUUCUACCUCCCACCAAUGUGGCUGUCCUCCUCUAGGCACUUCAGCUGCAAGCUGUUCCUAGGAAAUUCUCCUGUUGACAAAAUCAUGUACAACUCUCACAGAUGUUGGCCAAAAUCCUGUUGGGCAAUCCUCUUCAUGUCACAUGCUGCAAGUUAAAGAGAGGCUGUUUCAUGACCCACGAAGCACAGGGGUUUUUCCACAGCGGCUUCUAGACAAAGUCCUGUGUACAGUGUGACCUAAAAGGGACUUUGGCACAAAGCAGGAGGCACAUCAGUCUCACUGCACAGAUGGGCCAUAAGUGUCUGCCUCUUGGUUAGCUUGUGAUUCAGUUUAAUAAAAGAAGAAAGGGAUGCAACUGAAGAGUAAGCAGCAGAAAAUAAUGAAAAACAAAAGUAGCACAGUGUGACUUGAACAUACCUAAGGCUAUGACAGAAACACAGGUCUUGCUUUCAAUCCAAACUGACAGGAAGAGUGGCUCUGGAUACUGUGGGACCCUCUGUGACUCUUCCCUUACGUGCUGUUUCUUUUGGCUGGUGUGAGUCCAGGUAUUGCCUGGUACAGCUACAGAUCCUGAAAGUAGCAGAAGAUUUGGUUCUUUGCACACAACUUGCCAACCAGGACAUCAUCCCAGCCCUUAGUACACCAUCUGGUGACAGUAUGUCCUGUAACUUGCUGAGCAAGGCAUGCAUUUCAGAUUUACCUUCUCUCUUUUCUAGGCAGACUUCUUUCUCCCUUUAACCUGAGAGAGAUGGCAUUAGUCCUUAUUUAUACAUAUAACUGUGUAUUUGUAUAACCCUGGCAUUACAUACUGUGCCAUACAGAGUAGGAAUACAGAACAGUUUAACUGGGGAUUUGGCACUAAUAAACAUGUAAAUACAUGUAGAGAACAGAUGCCUGCUGUAAAGUCAAUCAAAUGAAGUUUUGUCUAUGUAAUUUAGAAAAUCUAAGGCAGACUGUGCUCACUGUAACCCAGAAGUGCAGUCACAGGACAGGAUGAUGAGGUGCUAAAGCCUGAGCCACUUCAAUACUUGGUGUUUGUUAGGUCACUGUACUGAGUUCUCCCUCCAGGGUGUUUGAUAGAGAACUGAACCAGUGACAUUUCUUCUGCCUGCCUGUAUGUUUUGGCUGCUACUGCCCUUCCAUGAAUCUGCAGUCUGCUAGCUUUAUCUGUUUGAGACAUUCCAGGAUUGUUUUCAGAUUUUCGAACCCAGGAAAAAGGAGAACUGAAAAUUAAGCUAAGGAGGCGAACAGAAGUGUCGCAGUAUGUGACAGAGGCACUGAGCAGAGAUGGAAGGGGCUAGGGGGUCCUCCCUUCUUAAGAGGCAAACAUAUGUAGUGGAAUUUCUUACAACUAACAGCUUCCUAUAAUCAUUGCAGUGGAAAGUCGGUCUUUGAAAAGGAAGCUUAAAAAAUUCUGCCAAAAAACAUCACAACAAAGUUCUCCAAGUUUCCAAAAUAUGAUGGAAAAUAUCUUUUGGGGUCAGCAAGUUGAACUGCAAGCCCUUCCCAGGGCUGUGACCAGAAACACAGAAAGAUGGAUCCAUUCCAAGAGAGGCUGCUGGGAUCCGAAGAAGCACAGGAAGACGCCCCAGCGAACUGCUGUGGCUUGGGGCGCUGCACUGUCACGGGGCGGGUGGCAGCUGCUCUGGCAGUGCUGCCAUGGCCCAGGCACAGCUCAGCUCCUGGCUGCUCCUGUGUGUGUUUGCUGCAUCCCAGAGGCUGACAGAUGAACAUCCUCACAGAGGCACCAACACAGCCCGUCGUGGCCCAGAGGACGCCGGCAUCAUGUUAGAGAUGCUCUGGGGAAGGCUGGAUAUUCAGGCCAACGGGACAAUCCGGCUGCGGGAUGAAGAGCUGGCCUCCCUACGCCCGGCACGGCGGUUCCUGCAGAUUUUAGAGGAGGAAGUUCCCAAGACACCGGAGGAGAUGGAGCAGCAUCUGAGAUAUUAUUCACUGACUGACACUCCCUUGCCCCCGACAGAGUUUGAGCGUCUCCUUUUCACCAGUGUUUACAGUGCCUAUCAGGUUCGCUCCAUACAGGGUCUGGAUAAAACCCCCUGGAUUGGCUUUUUCUCUCAGCUGGUUGAUGAAAUCUUUCGUGACCUGUGCAAGGGGCUCUGCCCUGCCAAUACCACUCUCCUCCAGGCCUCCUGGCCUUGGAAGGAGAAGCCUUCACAUUUGGCCUCCCUGAAACAUUUCUAUCACUCUAACCUGGCCAGGACCAAGAGAGACACCUAAUGAGGGAACCCACUACAGGAAAGGACACACCUGGCAUCAGCUGCAUCCUUGGUUAUUUUCAAUGCUUCCCACACCAUGCAGGACUUUGUAUAAAUAUGCCACACCUUUUUGUCCUGCUUUCUGCACUGCGCUGGCAACCCUCUCAGGAUUUAUGCACAAGCUUUUAUUUUUAAAUGAAAGAAGGACAAAACUGUAAAGUGCAUUUCCCCCUUUCCUAAUUUUUUGCUAAGUGGGCUGUGCUGAACAGAGCAGUGCUAUUUAGAUGUCUUACCUAUCUUGGUCACUGAUGCUUAGGAGAGAUGGCUUGGAAGUAUUUUUCCAGGAUAUUAAGCUGGUGUCAUAGCUGACUUCAUUUCAGAUAAUUCAGUUCACUUUCCUUAUAUUCUCCCUGUGGUUUCAGACAAAUACAAGAUCUUUUCUCCUCUCCAGUAGCAGCUAAGCAGGCUUUGUUGUGUUUCAUGAUAUAGGUCAAAUAUUUAAUUUGCAUUUUCUCUUCAUCUCUUCAAUAUGAUGAUAUUUUAUGUGUCAGCAGCUAUUUCCCAUCUCAUGUAUUCAUUUUUCUCUAAAAAGCAACCUGAAAAUGUAUGUAUUCCAUGAAGCUUUCUAGUAUUUGAAUAUCAUAUUUACACUUAUGCACAGCUUUGUUUCAAUUAUCAUUUCGGAAUAUACUUCCUGAAAUCUCAUUUAAAUUCUGAAGGAUCCUGACCUAGUUAUUCCUUCAGCAGAUUUUGCCUUUCUUCUAUAAAGUUAUUUUUUUGCACAGCCAUGGCAUUUUACAAGCCAAACAUAAUAAUUACAUAGUCUCUAUUCUCAAAAUCAGAAAUAUAAUUAUUUUAUAGAAAGACAUCAUUAACAUUUGUCUGUCAUAAACACUGUGCUGUGGAAUUAAAUAAAUGUAAUUAUCUCCUCAGGAGGGUUUUGA